CUUCGCGUGACACAAUGAACGCAGGGUAUUUACCCUAGACAAUGAUACCGCUUCACUUCCAGGUCCAUGCGUCUCUUCCCUGGCCUGCAUUUAACUUGUAUUCUUUCCCUGCAGUCAACUGUAACCGUGAGUACAGCAACUUUCUGUGAGCUCCGUGAAUUCUUCCAGUGAAUUAUCAAAGCUAUGGACGGCAGGAAGAUGGCCCGCGUCUCUUACAGUGUCGUUUGGAUCAUGGCCAUUUCUACAGCCUUUGAACUGGGAUUAGUUGCCGGGCUGGGCCAUCAGGAAUUUGCACUUCCAUCUCAGGGAGACCUGGCCUUCAAAGAUGACAGCAUUCGGCCCCAGGAGGAGCCUGCAAUUCGGCCUGGGUCUUCCCAGCGUGUGCCGCCCAUGGGGAUACAGCACAGUAAGGAGCUAAACAGAACCUGCUGCCUGAAUGGGGGAACCUGCAUGCUGGGGUCCUUUUGUGCCUGCCCCCCCUCCUUCUACGGACGGAACUGUGAGCACAAUGUGCGCAAAGAGAACUGUGGGUCUGUGCCCCAUGACACCUGGCUGCCCAAGAAGUGUUCCCUGUGUAAAUGCUGGCACGGCCAGCUCCGCUGCUUUCCUCAGGCAUUUCUACCCGGCUGUGAUGGCCUUGUGAUGGACGAGCACCUCGUGGCUUCCAGGACUCCAGAACUACCACCGUCUGCACGUACUACCACUUUUAUGCUAGCUGGCAUCUGCCUUUCUAUACAAAGCUACUAUUAAUUGACAUUGACCUAUUUCCAGAAAUACAAUUUUAGAUAUCAUGCAAAUUUCAAGACCAGUAAAGGCUGCUGCUACAAUGUCCUAACUGAAAGGUGAUCAUUUGUUAGUUGCCUUAAAAUAAUGAAUACAUUUCCAAAAUGGCUUCUAACAUUUCCUUACAGAACUAACUACUUCUUAUCUCUUUGCCCUGCCCUCUCCCAAAAAACUACUUCUUUUUUCAAAAGAAA